ACACACGACAAGUUUCCUCAUCUUUUCUCUGUUUUCUCUUUCCGCCAAUUUCCCGAUCAUUAUCUUCUCGUUCUUGAUGCAAUGGGGACUCCUCGUUCGCCGGCGACAGAUUUCUUCGGACUUUCCAAGACAGCAUGCAAAGCCUACAAGUCCCUCGUCACCAAAUUGCACCCUCUUUCUUCUCAUCGCAAAUCCGAAUCCCAUUCCGACGCCGAUUCCGCAAUUCACCGGAGAUAUCUGGAGGAGAAAUUUGCGGAGGAGGAUGAUCUCAUUGCUGCUCGGAGAGGUCUCCGGCUACAGAGCAUGGACGAUAGCACCGUCUUCAAACGUCGAUCUUCUCUGUUAUCAAACUCCAGUAGCCGCCGCAGCCACACGCCACAAGCUAGACCUACGUACCUCUCUUCCUCCGCUUCUUCUAAUCGCCGUUCUGCUUUCUCAAGAAGCGCAAGCCGUAGAGACGAAGGCAGCAGCCACGGCGGAGUGAGAAGCCACGGUUUGAAAUCACGUCCGGUAUCGAACAACGCAAGUCCAAUGACGUCGCCUUUCACGAGUCCGAGAGGGAAAGAUCAAACCUUAGGUGAUUUAUUUGGCUCUGUACAGAAACUUUCGUCUCCUCCAAGCAAUAGUCCGAUUAACGGCGUGAAACAGUCUUCUCCUUCGUCGAUUUCUAAGAGCGCUAGCAAGAGAGAUAAAGAUGAGAGAUGCUCUGCGAGCUCGGCGACGUCGACGUCUCUGCCGUUUUCUAAGAGUAAGAGCACUAGGGAUCCGGCUGGAUCAAUUGCGAAGAGUAUAAGCCGGAGGAGCACAACGCCGAUAGUGUUUUCGCAGUCUACACCGCCGAAAAAGCCGCCAGCUGUGGAGAAAAAGCUUGAGUGUACGUUGGAAGAACUCUGCCAUGGUGGAGUGAAGAACAUCAAGAUCAAAAGAGACAUCAUUACCGAUGAAGGAUUGAUUAAGCAACAAGAAGAAAUGUUAAGAGUGAACAUUAAACCGGGAUGGAAAAAAGGGACAAAGAUCACAUUCGAAGGAGUAGGGAACGAAAAACCGGGAUAUCUACCUGAAGAUAUCACAUUCGUGGUUGAAGAAAAGAGACACCCUUUGUUUAAAAGACGCGGAGAUGACUUAGAGAUUGCGGUCGAGAUUCCUCUUGUAAAGGCUUUAACAGGAUGUAAACUCUCGGUGCCACUAUUGAGCGGCGAGUCAAUGUCGAUAACCGUAGGAGAUGUGAUCUUCCACGGAUUUGAGAAGGCGAUAAAAGGUCAAGGUAUGCCAAAUGCUAAAGAAGAAGGUAAGCGAGGGGAUUUGAAAAUAACGUUUCUAGUGAAUUUCCCGGAAAAGUUGAGUGAAGAACAACGAUCAAUGGCCUAUGAGGUUUUGAAAGAUUGUUCUUGGGCAUAAAGGUUUAUAGUAUACAUAUGGGUUUCUUCAUGCCUUUCACUUAUUUGUCAUUGUAAAUAAUAAUCUGUAAUUCGUUGA